UCUCUCUCUCUCUCUCUCUCUCUCUGUCAACAGGAAAUGGCAAAUCCAUCGGCGAAGCGGCUCUUCCGCAAUUUUUAUGGCAUUGAAAAUUUUGUAAAGAAACGAGAAUCUUGUGAAAGAUUAAUGUAUGGAAUUCUUUGUCGGUUUAACUCUCAACAAAAGAAAUCAAACAAGGUUGAAGAUGAUGUAGUGAAGCGAGAAAACAAUGUUUCGCAAGUUUCUUCGAGGUCUAGAGUUGAGAAGAAGAAAGUCGCUGAAGAUUCUGGACUUGGUAAAUACAAUUCCGACGAUGAAGAUUUACUUGGUGAUAGUAAGUGGAAAUUGGAGCUUGCUUGGCUCUCUAAGGCUCUAGAACCAGCUCUUCAGUUGUAUAGGUGGGCUCUACCAACAGGAAGUGAGGAAGGAAACGGAUCCCCGCCCACCACCCGAUCCGUUUCGGAGAUCAUUUCAAGCAUACAGCGGAGUAAGAUUGGAAUUCAGGAUUGGACUCUGAGUGAUCUCACCAUUGGAUUAUAUCUUUUAUAUCUUCGUCAAACAUCUGUAAAUCGUGUUGAAGAUGUGAAAGGCACUCAAAUCUUUUCAGAAUCGAUUGUUCAUGACCUUAUUUACCACACUGAGUUAGCAAAAGGUUCUUAUAAGGAUAAUCCUACAAGUCUUGCAAAACACAGCAUGCUUCGAGAAAGCAAUGUAUUGAAAUUUGUUAGGAAUUCCAGUGUGAUGAGACCUGGAUAUUACAUAGGGAUUGAUCCUCGUAAGAAAUUUGUGAUCCUUGGAAUUCGUGGUACCCAUACAGUAUAUGACCUUAUCACUGAUAUUGUUUCUUCAAGUGAUGGUGAAGUCACAUUUGAAGGCUAUUCAACUCACUUUGGCACAGCUGAAGCAGCUCGGUGGUUUCUUAAUCAUGAGAUGGAAACCAUAAGAAAAUGCUUGGGGAAAUUUGAGGGAUUUAGGUUAAGGCUAGUGGGUCAUUCCCUUGGAGGUGCUACAGCUUCUUUACUAGCAAUAAUGUUGCGUAAGAAGUCAGUUAAGGAGCUGGGUUUUAGCCCUGAUAUUGUUUCUGCUAUUGGGUAUGCGACACCACCUUGUGUCUCCAAAGAACUUGCCGAAAGCUGCUCCGAUUAUGUUACCACUGUUGUGAUGCAGGAUGAUAUUAUUCCUAGGUUAAGUGUAGCCUCUCUGACAAGGAUGAGAAAUGAAAUUAUAGAUACUGAUUGGAUGAGUGUAGUUGAGAAGGAAGAUUGGAGAGGCGUCAUAGAUUUGGUUACAAAUGCAAAGCAGGUGGUUUAUUCAGUGCAAGACGUAGCUAGGAGACUUGCCGAUUAUGCAAAGUUUAGGAGGAACGAAGAUUCGUCUGAUAAUCUUGUCAAAAAAGAAUCACCUGCUUCUCCAAGGGCCGCUUUAACCUCAAAAACAGGAUCUGAAAAUCCUGUUGCUGUUGAAGAUGGAGGAUCUUCCUGCGCAGUGCCUGAGGAGUUAUUUGUGCCAGGUGCUGCUUACUACCUAAAGAGGAAUCGGGAUUCACAUACAGUAAACGGCGGGGAGUUUUUCACACUCUGGAAGAGGGAUCCAGGUGAACAUUUUCAGAGAAUUGUGCUUUCCAACAACUUAAUAUCAGACCACAAAUGCGAUAGUCAUUACUAUGCUUUGAGAGAUGUACUCAAAGGCUUACCCGGCACGGAUGAUGAAGAUGAUAUUGGAACACUGUCUGAAACACAGCUUAAUUAAUUAAGAUCCGGGUUAAUUACGUCCAGUUGCUCGAACAGAAAAAAGUGCAGAAAUCAAAAGAACACACAAAUGAUAUCGCAGUUCGGUGCGCACACCUACAUUUGCGGAGUCAUGCCUAGACAGUAAACAAUUUCACUAUGUUCUAGAAAUUACAGAUACCGGACGGACUUAUUCACUCAAGGACUCCCUUCUAGACAAUAACGCCGCUGUGACGGAUCUCCACAGUGAUUGUUUAGCGUGCACCACACGUCUUCUAUUCACCUGACGAACUCCCUUCAACCGGCAGAGCUUUCUCCUGAAAGCAACAAAUUCCUCUCCCGAAGGACGAUCUCAAUAACUCAUAAAAACUCACAGACGUCUCUCUGAAUAUUUUCUCAGUAAUAAGCUCUCA